UAUGGCACUCCUAAACCUCUGCUCCUAGUACUUUCACGUCACCUCGCUUGGAUAACAAGGGAAAGUUCCUGUAUGGAAAAUCAAGAAUAGAAGAGGGCCCCACUUGGCUAAAGCAGUUAUGAUGCUGAUAAUGACACUUGUAAUGUCAGUGCAGCGUGUAACUUGGAAGCAGCAUCCUGAUUGGCUCUUAUGAUGCCGGGGGUGGCAGAGAGAGAGGAAAAGAGCGAGCUCGAAAGCUCGAGCUUCAUUCCUGCACUGUUGUGUCUCAGUCUCUGCAGUGGACGUUGCGCGUCACUGCUCCAUCCUGCUCACAGAGCAAUCACACUUCCUUCAACCGUCUUUAAACAAACAAAACAAAAACAUUAGUACUAUUUAACUCUGUUUCCAGCCCAAGUUUUUCAAUACCUUGACGUCUUGAAUCCAUCCAAGGGCAACGGCGGCUCCGUGAUCGCUAGUGCGUGCAGGUGCGAACCCAGACGGCGCAAGGAAUGUCCCUGCAGGAGGUAAACGUGAGCGCGUUGGAGUCGCCCGGCUGCGUGGAGAUGUGGAAUAUCAGCGUGGAAGUGGCCGGUUUCAACAUGGGCUGCACAAACAGAUCCGCCGUCCCGAAAUCCAGACCUAAAGGGCUCUCUGUCAGCAUUUCCACCUUCAGCCUGGUGGCUAUUGCCAUUGAGCGAUACAGUGCCAUCUGCAACCCGCUGAAGUCCAGAGCGUGGCAGACGCGAUCCCACGCAUACCGUGUUAUCGCCGCCACCUGGGUGCUCUCUCUGCUCAUCAUGAUUCCCUAUCCGGUGUUCAGUAUCAUCAAGACUUUCCCCAAGGCCAACGGCACCGUGGGCCACAUGUGUCGCCUCACCUGGCCCAGUCACCACGCCGAGCAAAGCUGGUAUGUGCUCCUGCUGUUCAUUCUGUUCUUCAUUCCUGGCGUGGUGAUGGCUGUAGCCUACGGCCUGAUCUCCAGAGAGCUUUAUCGAGGCAUGCGCUUUGAAAUGAAGCAGAACAAAGCAGAGACCACUGAGCUGAAAAAUGGAACUAUCCCAGAGUCAAAUGACGAGGACGACGAUGACGGUUGCUACGUUCAGGUUCCCCCAAAGUCCUCCGCCAUGGAACUCCCUCCCCUCCGGACCUCUGCGUCGUCCUCCACGGCCACGAGCGCCGCUUCGGCGCCGCCCAAGACCGAGCGCGCUCGCAGCAACACGUCCAACGCCAAGUUGCAGGCCAAAAAGCGAGUCAUCCGCAUGUUGCUGGUGAUCGUGGCGCUCUUCUUCAUUUGCUGGAUGCCGCUGUACUCGGCCAACACCUGGAAGGCUUUUGACCUGAAGGCGGCGUCCAAAGCCCUAACGGGCAUCCCCAUUUCCUUCAUCCACCUGCUGUCCUACACGUCGGCCUGCGUCAAUCCCGUCAUCUACUGCUUCAUGAACACGCGCUUCCGCAAGGCCCUGCUGUCCACCUUUGCCCGCUGUUGUCGCAAUCGCCUGUGUCGCAAGUGCUGCCCGUCUCUCCUGGAGGCGGGCGAGGAGGGCACCACCGGUUAUUCCAUAGCCACAACGAUGGCGACUUCCGUGUCCAAGUACAGCUACACCACCGUCGGCUCCACGCCCACCUGACCAACCUCCGCAAGAGCCGAGACGGGUGCCGUUGUUUUGCUUUGUAUUUAAAAAUGUCAUCAUCCGCUGAGCAAUGUUUUUUUUUAAUGCCUUUUUUCCCCCAUUACUCAUUUUGAGAGGAUGUUGUAGAAUGUUGGACUGAUGAAUGCGCCGGAUGAAUCUGCAACAAUUGCUUAGUUAUUCUGAAGGAAAGUGCCUCACUUUUUGUUUUUUUUCACAGAUUAUUUAUUUCAUAUUAUUCUCCUAGAAAGACCAAAAUGGAUCGUCCUCCCCUCAACGCAGGUCUUGUUUUCUAUCAACUUUUUUGUUGUGCUGUCUAUUGUCAUGGGAAAUGUGCAACCUACACACUUGAAUUUUGGGCAAACGGAAGACUCCACACUGGACUGCUUGCCUGUCAGUGGGAAUUGAUCCAUCACCAGCCUGUCCCAAAGUCAGUUCUGCAAACAGAUACCACCACUACCUUUGGUGUAUCUGAAUUCUCAAUUUGGGUUCUUUUACUUCCUUGUUUCAAGUGUCUGCAAAGUCUGAACAUGUGGGUAAAAAUACAACGUUGAACAUUUUCAAUGACCAAAAUGUUCUUGGACUCGAUGGAACAAAUCCGCAUUGCCUUCAAUUUUGGUACAUUAGUCGGUUGAUUUAAAUAACCACUGGGUUAAUUAGUUAACUCUUUCUUCCCUUGAAGAAAAAUGUGUUGAAUUGAAUGGAAAAAUGUUUGAUUGUCCCAAGUGUCCAAACUUUACCCACACCCUUGAUGUGGGCAAAUAUAAAACCCAACCGAGAGCAAUUUUGCCUUAUUACCUCAUAUUUGUAAGAGGCUUGUUUUGAAACAAACCGCAGCAUUCAUGUUAUUCCCUAACGCAGCUGAAUUUCGAAUGUUCUGGGAAUACGUAUGCUUCCAUGCAAAUCUGCUUUCGUCAGCUUGAUUAGCUUUCCCGGCUACUCUCUACCUUUGACCCCGGGAGCCAAAUGUGCUUGUUUUUACCUAAGCUGUUUUCGUUCAAUGCAUAAUAUUUUGGCUCGGCAAAGAAAAUUGGCCUUUUCAAAUGAUGUCAAAUAAUGAAAAGGUGCUUCCUCUCCAAUAUGGGUAGGAAAAGUGGUGUUGAAUUUCUUUUUCAAGUAUUGCUGAUGCAAGUCUCGAACGUGAAACUGCAGUAAACUUUUGUUGCUUGACCACAGCUGCUGCAAAGGAUGAUUGGUAGCCGAAUAUCAUCUCCCUAAAUGAUGGUAGGCAGUAACCGAUGCUAACAGUGGGAUAUUGAAUUCGAUCGACGCCCCUUGUGAAAUACAAAUAGCCUUGUACUAAGGGACAUUUCGAAGCAAAAACUAGAAUCGAUAUAAAAGCAGAUGUAAUUAGGCAAGUGGUCUUUGUACAGGACGUUUAUUGGGAUUAUUUGAAUUAGUCAUAUCCAAAUUGCAUGUUUUUUUGUUUUUUUUAAUUAUAAGGUGACAUGGUGACAUAUAGGAAGAAAAAUACUGAAAUGAUCUCCUUUGAGAUAUCGUUUUGGCAGCAUAUUGCAAAUCUUUUUCAAUUGAUGGAAGUCAUAACAUCGCAGGAGAAUUCUAAUCCUGAUCUUGGUGUUGCCUUUUUAAUUUAUUACUCUUGUAAUCCCUCAAGGUGAAAUUCAACUGGCGCUCUGCUGUGUACACUAUUUGUUGUUCAACACACAGAAGCACACACGCAGGCAUGCAUCUAAAGAAAGGGGCCAUACAAACGCUUACAUGGGACCCAAGCUGUGACCCUCCAUUCCAAAGACAAAUCCAAUUAUAUCUGCCUUUCAGAUUGCGAACAAUUCAGAACUGUCCGUAGGGACAACAUCCGUUUUUACAUGUAUUGACAUUAAGUGCUCACUAGGGACAUUUCCAAUCCAGUCCACUCAAUCUCAAUGGUUAAAAAAAGUAGUUUUUGUUGGUGUUGAAAUGUAGAAGUAAUGUAAAAUAAAAGCAAGGCAUCACACCAAUGCUUGGAAAUAGUGAACUCCAACUAGUUGUUCAGUAAAGUAAAAUCUAGGACUUGCAAGCCGUUCAAGCAACCAGCAGUCAAUUGGUCGUCUAUUAUUCAUACUGGCCUGCUGAAAUGAGUAAAAAUUGCUUUUGGGUUUUUUUUGCUCGGUUUGUCCCCGUGAAACAUCUGUCAUGGAAUUGCUAUGUGGCUCAUGUCUGCGUCAAUAAACAUUGUGUGAAAAACAAAACCAGGUUUGGAGACAGGGGAGGGAAGGGGAAGGGCUUGCUGACCUCAUAUUUAUUCAUAUCAAAUAAUAUAUAUUUGUUCGUCUAUGUGGAUGGUAACCAAAGCUUGGAUUUUUUUAAUAAGAAUUUGCCACAUCUGGUGCCUGCUUGUACUAUGUUGUUCAAUUAAUGUUCAAUUAAAUAUAUUUGUUUAACGUGAACAUGUUGAAAAUAACUCUGUGGUUGGUUCUUGAGAUGAAUCGUGUUCAAUGUGAUGAUUGUGUCCCGUGCUUUACGCUUCUGUCUUGUUUAUAUUUCAUGUAAUAAAAUGGGAAGUUGUACUUGUGUAUGUGUACAUAUAAAAACAACAGGUUAGUUUUCUUAAAGGAGUUCAUUCCUUGCCUUUCGCCUGUCUAAUG